GGGGUUUCAACGGUGAAAAUCGAACGUAGUACCAGCCAUUGUAUUGUUCAUAUUGGGAUAGUCUGUCAUGUGGCAACAUUGAAAAGUGGAAUCUCCACGUAAACCAACGACAUAAAGCUAAAGCGGCUUUUUGUUUGAAGAAAAACCAUAAAUAUGGUUUAAGGUUUUUUUUAGAUCUUCAUUGAUUAACGUUUUUCCAUAUGGUAAAAUUUUAUUUUCUCCUUCAAAAUGACUGAGGAAACAUUGGUACUAUUGGUGUUGUGUGUUGUUAUGCUUUUCGGAUCAUAUUUUGCUGGGAACAUUCCAUUGGUGAUGAAAUUAAGUGAAGAAAAGCUUAAGCUUGUUACUGUGUUCGGUGCAGGGUUACUAGUGGGAACAGCACUUUCUGUAAUAAUUCCAGAGGGUAUUCGUUCGUUAUAUAUGCGUGUGGAGCAAGACAUAGUAUCUGAACAAAGGAAUGCAGCUAACAUAGAAGAAAGCAAAGCUCUUAAAGUUGUCGACCAUACUCGUGAAAUUGGGUUUUCUCUUGUUCUCGGAUUUGUUUUUAUGAUGUUAGUCGACCAGAUUUCUCAAAAGCGUAAUCUAAGAAGCAAUACAGGAGAUAAAACUAUUACGGCAACAGUUGGUUUAGUUGUACAUGCUGCAGUUGAUGGAGUUGCUUUGGGUGCAGCAGCCACUACAAGUCACCAGGACGUCGAAAUAAUUGUAUUUCUCGCAAUAAUGCUACAUAAGGCCCCUGCAGCAUUUGGAUUAGUAUCGUUUCUUUUACACGAAAAAAUUGAACGGCACAUUAUACGAAAACAUUUGGCUGUUUUUAGCUUAUCUGCGCCUGUUUUAACAGUUCUAACAUACUUUGGUAUAGGAAAAGAGCAAAAGGAAACAUUAAAUUCAUUGAAUGCCACAGGCAUUGCUAUGCUCUUUUCUGCUGGAACAUUUCUGUAUGUUGCAACCGUUCACGUUUUACCGGAGUUAACACACAAUGUCUCAAAUUCAUUUGCAUCACACUCACAUUAUGAUUAUCGCCCAUUAGAGAUAAUGGUUAAUUCUGGAAGUCAGCAGAGUGUACCAACUCCUGUUAGCGGGUUAAAUUAUAGUGAACUUAUUGUUAUGAUAUGUGGUACACUGCUACCUUUAGUUAUAACUUUUGGUCAUCAACAUAAGGGUUAAAAUUUGUAAAUAGAUUUAAAAUGAGAGAUGUGUUGCUGAUUAAUCCUAAUUUUGUACGAUUAUAUCGGUAUGAACCGAAGUUAUAAUAACGUUCCAUGUAUUAUAUUUCAGGGUUUUUGGAAUUCCGACUAACCCAUCAAAGAUAAAGUAAUUGUAACUCAUAAGAGUAGGCAUUAUUUUCGUCUUAUCACGUCCUAUAUUUUCGUCUUUCAAACUCCAAUAAAAAUAAUUAUAAAAAAAGAUGUGUUUAAUAAACAAAUGCCUUUUUUACGCUAAGGACUAUAAAAACAGCUAAAACACAUAAAUCCUUGUUUAAUACAAAGUCAAGAUUGUGUUGGUGCAAAAAAAAUCUUGAAUUAAGUUUAAGAAAUAAAGUUAUUUUGUUGAAGCGUUUUACAACCAUA